AAGGCGCCGCGUCCGCCGGUGGCCGCACACCAGCGCCGCCGCGCCGCUGCCGCCCAGCACGGCAACCGGCACGCCAGAGCACGGCACACGGCCUACGUCAGCUAUGUGGACGAAACUCAUCUGAAUCAAACUCAACACGGACCGCUCGGGACCGACACCAUCCGGUGGCGGUAUGAAGGAGGAGGCCCCCGCCAUGGAGACAGAGUCGGGCCGGCCGGGCGCCAGCAGCCCGCCGCCGGGGCCGCUGCCCGACCUGGGUCUGCUGCAGCACCUGCCGGCCGCCCACCUCGGUCUGCUGGGCCAGCACAGCGGCCUGCUGCCGCCGGCCGCCCUCCAGGCGGCGCUCAUGGCCAGCCUGGCCGCCCAGCAGGCCAGCCACAUGCAGUACCAGCAGGCGCUGCUGGGGCCAGCGUCGGCGGCCGGGGGACGGCUGCCACCGCACCUAGCGCCGCCACCGCCACACACCACCCCCGGGCAGCUGCUGGGCUUCCAGCAGCGGGAGGCGCUGCUGGCCUGGUCCAAACUGGCCGCGCAGAGUAACGCGGCCAGGUUCCUGGGCGGCUCGCCGGGCCUGCCGCACCCGGCCAAGCUGGAUGACUCUGGUAUCCAGACGUCGCCCAAGGCUGAGCCGGCGGUGACCAGCAGCACCUUCCAGCAGCCCGGCUCCGGCCUGCUGGGACCCUACUCUCUACCUCAGGAGCUGGCCGGAGGAACCUCGCCGUCUCCAAACAGUGGGUCGCCUCCGGGCAACGGCACCUCCAGGGCAUCAGAGAAGAAGACAAACGGUAAGGAGGGCGGGCGAGAAAAGGUCUUCGUCUGCCAGGUGUGUAACCGCAGUUUCGGCUACAAGCACGUGCUGCAGAACCACGAACGCACGCAUACCGGCGAAAAGCCGUUCGAGUGCAAGGAAUGUCACAAGCGGUUCACUCGAGACCACCACCUGAAGACGCACAUGCGGUUGCACACGGGCGAAAAACCCUACCACUGCGCGCACUGCGAUCGACAGUUCGUUCAGGUGGCGAACCUCCGGCGACACCUGCGGGUUCACACAGGUGAGCGGCCAUACGCCUGCGAAAUGUGCGACUCCAAGUUCUCCGACAGCAACCAGCUCAAGGCACACAUGCUGAUCCACAAGGGUGAGAAACCCUUCAAGUGCGAGAACUGCUUCGGCACGUUCCGGCGUCGCCACCACCUGAUGCAUCACAAGUGCUCGAAGGAGUCAGAGCCGGCACCUGUACUGCCCAUGCUGCCACUCGGCCUGAUGAGCUCUGAGCGCUCGCCGCCGCCCGCGGGUCUGCUGAGCUCUGAGCGAUCGCCACCGCCGCCGCUCACCAGCGACGAGCUGGACGUCGAGGCCGACUCGGAGACUCGCUCGGAAGCGAGCAGCGGCGAGCGGCUGCGCUCGGGCGGCAGCAGCGACGACCGGCCGGUCGACGAGCACCGGCGCCGCGAGCGCAAGCAGAAGGAGACGCGCCGGCUGGUGCGGCCGCCGCCGCUCACAUCCACCGUCACGUCGCCGUUCGCGCUGGGCGUCAGCGUCGGCGGCGCGCCCGAGCAGACCGAGCCGGAGGACCUCAGCAUGCGCCGCGCCACCGGCAGCGACGAGGAGCCAGAGGAGCGGCGCCCUGACUCGCUGGCCUUCUCGGCCGACAGCAGCCGGGACACGUUCUCCGAGACGGGCGCCCAGCUCGCGCACACGUGAGCUUCACCAGAGAUGUUGCAACCAGCCGCGGCCCUGCCGCAUUCACGGGUAUUUUGUUGACAGAUGCGCAUGUUCCUAGAUUCUACCUCACACACCAGUCGCGGGCUGAGAACGCCUGGUUUUCCGAGCAGGGUUGGGAGCGGGAUCAAGCCGCGAACGAGCCCCUUUCUGGGGCUGCUGAUUAGGGUGCAGUCACUCCGCGGUGGAAGGACACUCGGCGCGCCAUUUUCGCCCCAGUUUCCCUAUGCGCCGGUGGCGUCGGCCGCGGCACCCCCGAGCUGUAUCGAUUGAGCCCCGGGGAGUUGGGAGACGCUGGCCGCCAUCGGCCAGCUGCGGCCCGGCCCAGGUCCGCCGGCCAUCAGUCGUCCAUUACUCAUCGUGCGCCGCCGAUCUGACGGCCCGUUCGCGUUCUCGUUCUCUCUCUGGUGCCUCGCUGGUCGGCUGGUCCCUCUGCGUCCGACGGUAUUGCCAGUUAAUCGAUCGGGCAUUAUAUGCAGGGCAGCGGCGCAGCGGUGGCGGCUGCGGCUGCGGCUCCGUGGGGACCCGUCGCCGCCACUGCCGCCGCCGCCGCAGCCUCCGGCGCCGCUUUUUCGCAGAGCACCGGGAGGCCCAGGGCACUUUCUGGCUCUCUGCUGACCCGUUAAUAAAUAAUCAGCGCCGCAGCACGACUUGGGCACUUGCUGUCGCCGUGACGCGCCGCCGAUGACGCGGCCGGCGCCGGGGCCGCACCGAGCCACCCGAGCGGCCCGCGGCGGCGCUCACCCGGCCGAGAGGUUGUUCACCCGGCCUCGAGGACGGUGGCGCGCAUCCUGGCACGCACACGCACACGCAGCAGGCGGUGAAAGUGGCCGCGUGGCUCCUCGGCCGCUGACCCGGCCGGCGCGCGCUAUUUUCGGCGCCGGUUGCUGGCGCGGGCGGAAGUGUUACGCGCGUGUGCGUGGGAGCGCGACCGGUCGGCCGGUGGCCGCACCCCGCGGGACGCCGCUCCCACCGGUCGGGCGGCGCCGCCACGCACAGGUGCCAGCCGCGCACGCACAGAGCACAGAGAGCAGCGACUCAGUGGCGGGCCAAUGUUCAGCUGCAGCGCAUUUUCGAUGGAGGCUUCAAAUUUCGAGAAAAAAAAAGUGAUUGGGCCUGGCGCGCAUUUGAAUCAUAUUUCUUUGAAGAACUUCAAGCCACAUAAUUCAAUUGGAAAACAACGUAAAAUUCUACAUCAAAACGUGCCAAAAUCGAAAUGCGGUAGCGUCUCCCAGCUCCCCUCUUAUGUACAAAAUUCCCACUGGAUACAGAUAGUUAGCAGACCUAGUCUCAGCGGUGUGAGCGAAGCUUCCAAUGCAGGGACGGAGCCGCUCGGCGGAGCUGUGCCAGCCAAUUCCAACCGCUCAGGGAGGUGGAGUCAAAAACAGUCAGUGCGCUCGCCGCGGACUGUGCGCGUUACACGCGUACGGCACGUGCAGUUGAAAAGACCGCCAGCGGUUAGGGUGGGUAAUGGUAUUUAGAGCUGUUCGUGACGUCAUUUGCAGUGUUGUGUCCUGUCGAGUUGUGAAAAGGUGACAAAUUAUCACAUUUUAAAGACGGCAAUAUUAAAACUUCUUGAGAUAUCACCAGCUUUUGGUUAUUUCGCAUCUACCUCCCGCUCAGACCGGCUGAAUGCAAACACUUUCUUGUUUUCCAAAACACAAUCCAUUUUCAUAGCCACGUAACAUUUUCGUUGCGCCUUCCCCGCGGUUCUCAAGAAGGACGACGCUGGGUUCCGGCGCCGCGGCGCCACGUCCUCUGUCUAGUUAGUAGGUGUUCCCCGGUGUUCUGUGUUCCCCGGCCGGCGCCGGCGCGGGGCUGGAGCUCGUGCAGUACGCUGUUACGUGGUGUCGUCGCGUCAUGUGACUGUAGUUGUGCGCGCUGCCGUGACGUGUGCUCUGUGUGUAUGUGUGGGUGUGUGCAGGUGUGUGUGGGUAAGACGGAGGCCAGUGUGACCUAACUGAUUACGGGUUUUGUCGGCAUGCCGGCGGGGUCAGCGCGAGCAGCCGGUGUCGUCUCUCUCUCUCUCUCUCUCUCUCUCUCUCUCUCUCUCUCUCUCUCUCUCUCUCUCUCUCUCUCUCUCUCUCUCUCCGCUGUUUCAUUCCCUCUGACUCUCCUCUCAGCAGGUUCGGCAAUGGACGGCUUACGAUGAUCUCAGUCUUCCCAUCCCCCCUCCCCCUCCCUGUUCACCUCCGGUUCAUCGUACAUGUGUCAAACAACUCACACUCAACUCACACUCUCACUCACCGCUGUAUCAACAGGCUGCGGGCCUCGUUAAAAAGCGGCCGCCAAUAGACCUCACACGCCCAGUCGGCGGCCGGCCACAUCAAAACGGCAUUAACAGCGCGCGCCGGCGCGCGAGCCACGUGAUUUAUCUCGGCUGGCUGGGAACGGGUGACAGGACGGCCACCACUCGGGGACCCGCGGCUGGGCUGGGGUUGCGCCGAUCAAUUGGGACCGGUUCUUGAUGGGACACGGUCGUAAGUUUGCCAGUGGGUUAGAGUGACUGGUGAGUCGGCAAGAUCCAUGGGCACUCAGCUCAUGUGGUAAGCGGGUUACAAGAUGAGGGCUUCUCCCUUCUUAUCACCUUUUAUGAGAAAACUAUCAAGCGGCCUUUAGUUGAUUUUACUGGGAAGAAUCGCAACAAUUAUGCACACACAUGAGAAUUAUUCAACCGAUUCAUUUAUAUCUUUGGUACGCUAUCCUGUUGACAGUCGUCUCAUGCCAGAAGCUGCCGCCGUCUCACGUCACUCCGUCUAUUCCCGGGAGCCUCUCGGAGUCCGUUCUGCCUCUGAAGGCCGCUGCGGUCCCCUCUCGGCGCGUGCGGGCCGGCACGAGCCUCUGCGCCACCCCUAUCGGCCCUUCCCCCGUCGCCGACAACAGCGCGCCUUUGUCGGGCACUCGGUCAGGGGUCGGGUUAAUUCGGCCUAUUUCAUCCGGCUGAAAGGGUGGGCAGGCCUGAAAAGGACGAAAUUAGUCUCGGCGAGCCGUUGCGCCGUGCGGACGGGCUCGGUUGGCGGCACGUGGAGCCAGACAGGCCGGAAAACAGACCGCUCGCCGCAACCGGCCGGCAUAAAGGGGGUUACACCGGCGCGCGCACCCUUUGAUUGAGAUCGACACGCGCCAAUCGGAGGUUCAGCGGGGCCGCCGCGGACGGGUUGGCAGCCAAUGGGAGGCCUUCGAAACAAACGGCAGUCGGGGAGGUGGUUUCUGGACGUCAAAUCAGCUUUGAGCGGCGCUCGGGAGUGAAGGGAUCGGUGCAGAUUGGCGAUAUUGAUGGGUGGCUGGCGCAUUUUGUGGUUCACAGUGGGAAACGGGUUCUAUGAAGACAGCUGUAUUACUAACUUCAACGCCACGGGGUUUAUUUGAGGCGUGUUUUUGGUUGAAACCGACGCAAAGGAAUUUUACUCGGGGUGGUAUUGAAAGGACAAAAGACGUUCCGUAAAACUCUAACCACAAAGGUACCGGAAAUUCGCCAGCGAGUAGACGCAACUCGGGGAAAUCUAUCGCAGUUAUUCGCAUUCAUUCAGUUCCGGCACAAACAGAGCUGACAGACAGACGCUACCGAAGCGGUGGUGCCCCAAUGGUGGCUGGUUCUUAUCAGAGCGAGGACGCCAUUGCAUUUGGCAGAUCAUUUCCCGCCUGGCCAAUCCCAUAUACGUGCCUGCCGUGCACCCAGAAAUCCAUUACCCCUGCCAUUAUCCAGGGGCUGGCGCGGCGGCGGCGGCGGCGCGGCCGGCCCGGCCCGCCAUCACCUCAGCCAUUGCGCCGUCCGCGCUCUGCGCCCGUGUAGCGGCCAGCUAGCCCGUCCGAGGGCGUCAUUUAUCGUCCAGCCAUCAGCCAUUGGGUCGGCCGUAUCCGUCAGAGGCAACGCGCGCUGCGCCCGAGGGGGCACCGGUUCAUUGUUCAUUUCUGGGCUCCCCUCGGCGCCCGGACCCCUCCCUCACCCCAGCGGUGCAUCUGCAUACGACGGACGGCGGGCACCAACAGACAGACAGACAGACAGACAGACGGACAGACGACCAGCCGAGCCGCGGCGUCGGGCACUCUGCACACGACACAGCAGCGCUCCACGCGGCCCGAGUGGGCGCCGAUAAACUCGUAUCGGCCGAACGGGUUUUACGAGUGCUCGUCGAUAGACGCGGCCAUGUGUGCGCUGCGCACGCUUAUCGCUUUAUUUCAAACUCUGAGCAAACAGCGCGCACGCAAGUCAGCUCCGAUAGCCAAUCGGUAGGCACGCCGGCCCUCCGUGCCGGGGUUAGUUUGAGGUUUAGCGGUGAAUGCCUGAACCACUCAGAACGCCAAUCGGCUACUAAUGGACAUCUUUCAGGUGACAAUGAUAUGAUAGAUAAACAUGCCUAAUCCUGCAAUAAGACCUGCAUGAUAGCGCUGCCAAAUCGCGCCGAAAACCUGCACGACCAAGAUUGAAGCAAAGUCGUUCUUAUUUAAUACGAAGUCGUCGGGAAGUCAAUAGAUAGUGUAGGUAUCCUAUCUUCUCGGAAAGUAUUACUGCAGGCGAGGUUCAUUAAAUCACUUGAACAAAAUUUAGUAUCCAAAAGAAAUAUCGUUUCGACCCAUGAAGGGUUUGGCGUUCAUUUCACAUCAGGCAGGAGGCCGACCUGAUACCGUUGGGGGCCGAACUGACGACGCGCCGCGGUUAUUACGAACUCUUCCGGUAACGGGCGCUGCGGAAGGGAGCGAUUUUCUGCCGUCUCCCAGCGGGGCCGUAUGAAAGCUGCGCCAAUUAAACUCAUUCAUGGACAGAAACGGACCGAUUACCCGGCCA